AUGGCAGGACGACAUGCAAAAAGACUCGAGAUGGCUUUGGGUGUACUGAGUGUAGUGCUGUUUUUCCUUCUGUUUUUACGAGUAGUAUCAAUAGCUUCAAAGUCAGCGAGGCCAGAUCCAGGAUGUCUAUUCUAUGUAGGAGGCAGAGAAGGACUAGGACUAGGAUCAAGUGGUGUAUCGAGUGAUACAUUGUAUGGUGGUAGGAGACCGGUGACAAAAGGGCUUAGUGUUGGGGACGGGGAAGAGUUAGGAUUGGCAAGAGGACUUAAGCCUAGUUCUAGACUUAGAGAUAGACCAGAAUCACCAGUUGAGUCACCACUAACCCAACCUAACCCAUCCCAACCCAAACCUUCCAUUUGUACUUCUAUUUCCACUCCUAUUUCAACUCCUACUUCGACUGCUAAAACCAAACCCAACCCAACCCAACCCAACUCAAUACUAAACCCCUAG